AUGAUCGGGGAUGGCGAUGCAAGUGGUGGCAGCGACAUUGAAAUGGGAAUCACCGCAAUUCUAAUGGCAGCCACAGUUCUAAUGGUUAUAUGUUGUGAGCUGCAAUCCUCACUCCUACCACCUCUGGCGAUCAAGCGGUCCAUUCCACUACAGCCGUGUUGUCCCCCACCCCCGACGAUCACCUCCUCCUCCGAGGAGGUGGUGUUCAAGAGCCGGACGAUCCCAAUCCAUCCGAUUCCUCCCUUGCCUCCGCUGCUGCCGCUUCCAACACCUCCAUCCCCACCAUCUCCAGUGAUCACCUCCUCCUCCGAGGAGGAGGUGUUCAAGAGCCGCUCGAUCCCGAUCCCGAUCCAUCCGAUUCCUCCCAUGCCUCAGCUGCUGCCGUCGCUUCCAACACCUCCAUCGCCACCCCCUCUAGUGAUCACCGCCUCCUCUUCUGAGGAGGCGUUCAAGUGCCGCACAAUCCCGAUGCAUCCGAUUCCUCCCCUUCCUACGCUCAUGCCAAUGUCGCUGCUUCCGACACCUCCAUCCCCACCCCUCGGCGAUCACCGUCCAAUUGUGUAA